GCCUUCCAUCACGAGAAAUGAAACCGGCUUCCCCGAUUGACUCUUUGAACGACCUAGCUUGCUGGACUGCUGAUAGAGAGACUGUGAAAGAACUACUUCCGUUAGUGAAAUGUGAUUACUACUUGGAUGAACACGGAGUCUAUAAACAACGUACUUCAUCGACGUCGCAAAUUCUGUAUUGUCAUGACAUGGCCGAAAACUAUUUGGGAGCCGACCGAAAUUACGAUAUUACUUCGGUUUUCCCUGCCUUCCGCUUCACGCGAUGGCAUCUGAUCGAUAUUUUUGUUUACUUCAGCCACCAUUUGAUCACCGUUCCACCAAUCGGCUGGAUUAACCUGGCCCACAGUUGCUACUAACCUACCGCGGCUGCAGGUGAUGGUCCUACGGUAAUCGCCAACUUAUCUAAAUUCACUGCCCGGUUUGGACCUUCUCUCCACUACCUUGCUGAUCGGACACGCAUUUAGGGCCUCUAAGAAAAUCCCCGGCGCAAACCAACUUAUGCCACGAGCUUGCCAAUCAAACUGGUGUGUCAG